GAUAUGUGUGCUAUUGUUGUGCGGCGUGGCCGCUACGUAAUCUUCGUGUAGGUGUAGAAUAUGAGAACGUUGGUGCUGUUUGCGAAUUGUUGCAGACGCCGCGAGAUUUCAGAGUUGGAGUUGCCUUCACAAAUUUGGCAGGUGGUUAUCAUUAAAGAGUGAUAAUCGCGACGGCGAAGAAAAAGAGAGUGGGCAGAUUGCGUCUUAUCUGCAGGUCGAUGGGUAUCUCGAUUUGACGACGAGGAUCCAGGAUGCUGAGGUUCCUGUCACGACGGAGGGCGCGUGGCGUCAGCGGUCAAACCGCUUCGUCGCAGAUCAAAAACCAGAGAUUGCCCAGCAACAAAAAUGUUGUGCAAUGCAGGGUGGUACUUUUGGAUGGCACGGAUCUGCCCAUAGAAUUGUCGAAAAAAGCAUUGGCUAGUGACUUAUACGAACAAGUAUUUUAUAGUCUCGAUUUGAUCGAAAAAGAUUAUUUUGGACUUCAAUAUACAGAUAGCAAUAAUGUCCAACACUGGCUAGAUCCAACGAAACCUAUCAAAAAACAAGUUAAAAUUGGACCUCCGUACACGCUCAGAUUAAAAGUAAAAUUCUAUUCUUCGGAACCAAACACGCUGCGUGAAGAGCUGACACGGUACCAGUUCUUCUUGCAGUUGAAGCAAGAUGUUCUGGAAGGCAAACUUCACUGUCCUCAUCAAGUUGCAGUUCAGUUAGCUGCUCUGGCGCUUCAAUCUGAAUUAGGAGAUUACGAUCCUACUAUGCACAGUGCGGCGACUGUGUCGGAAUUCCGCUUUGUACCAGGCCAAACGGAACAGAUGGAGCUGGAGAUACUGGAAGAAUACAUCAAAUGUUCUGGUCUCAGCCCGGCCCAAGCAGAAUCCGCAUAUCUUAGCAAGGCUAAAUGGCUAGAUAUGUAUGGCGUCGACAUGCACAUUGUUCUUGGUAAAGACGCCUGCGAGUAUUCUCUGGGCUUGACUCCAACCGGCAUCUUGGUUUUUGAAGGCACACAAAAGAUAGGCUUGUUCUUCUGGCCAAAGAUCGGUCGUCUGGACUUCAAGAAAAAAAAGCUGACACUGGUAGUCGUAGAAGAGGACGAUGAAGGCAGAGGCGAGCAAGAGCACACUUUCGUGUUUAGAUUGGUGAACGAAAAGGCCUGCAAGCAUUUAUGGAAGUGCGCGGUGGAGCAUCAUGCUUUUUUUCGUCUACGUGCACCGGUCAAAGGAACCAGCGGUCGCCAGAACUUUUUCCGUAUGGGUUCACGUUUCCGUUACAGCGGCAAAACGGAAUUUCAGACGACGCAGCUGAAUCGGGCGCGCCGCACUGUGCAAUUCGAGAGACGACCGAGUCAAAGAUAUGCGCGAAGACAAAGUCACGUUCUUCGCGAAAGACAGCGUCAACAACAGGUAGAGCAGCCGCAACCUUCUCCACCUCCAGCCGAUGAAGAACCCUUGCAGCGUCAAUCGAAUCGAUCCAGUACAAAAUCUUCGAACUCCUCGAGUGUUCAGGGCACAUCAUCGCCUUUGGUAGAUUCUCUGUUGAAGUCUCUCGCCAAAGAUCAACAACCACUAGAGGCCAGGAACCAGACGACGGUCAGCAGUAGUGAGAAAGAGUCAGAACCUACGAAGACCAGUCUGACGGUUGAAACUAUCACCAAUCAAGUGCAGCUAGUGCCUAAUAAUCAAAUGGGUGGAACAUCGUCGUUACCUCCUCGAACACCAAUUCCGCCGGAAUCUCUAAAGUGCAAUAUAUUGAAGGCUACUCUCGAGCAGGGGAAAAACUCGAAUUUGGUCUCCAUCACGUCCACAGAAAGCUCUGGAGUGAUUCCAAAGAAAAAUCAACACUCGGAUGCGGCAACUAUCGUUUCCGUGGGUGGUGAUAAAUUGACUCUCUCUGUGAGCGGAGCGACAACAGCAGUAAAUCCUUCUAUGGACGAUGCUGUUACUGUAACGCAUUUUUCGUUGGACAGUUGGGGACAGAUCGAGCAAAAGACUACGUCGUUAAGCCCGAAAGUAUCGAACCAACAAUCGCAAAAUCCUUUCAAUCCGUUCACUAAUGACAGCAUCGAUACGUCUAAUACGGCCGAAGCUUCCGAGGAGGAAGCGAAACCGGAAGACGACAAGAAAAAGAACACCAAUCCGUUCAUAGACUCGAAUCCAUUCUUGGGUAUUCUCAAUCCCUUCAAAGAUUUACAACCGGUUACAACAGAGAAAAAAGUCGAGGCGGAUACAGAAAAAGCCGGAGCGCGGGUUGUUAAAACUGAGGAGAUACAAACGACCACUACGACACUUACACACAAGGAUGAAAGUCAAGCGGCAUCAGACAUUAGUCCUUGGUUAGUAGCGGAUCCGUCGCAAAGCCCAGCACCUGAUCAAACACCAACUAAGCAUACAGUAAUCACGAGAAAAACGGUAAUUACCACACAGUUAUAAAAUAUUUAUUAAAUAUUACAAAGAAAAAAAAUAAUAUCCAUAUACAACGCGCGAGAAAGUAGCACCAACGUACGACUAUAUAUAUUUACUUUGGUCUUCCUCGGACUGCCUAUAGCUUUCUUUUUUUAUUUGCUUUACAAAGUGCGUGAUGUUAAUCAUGACAGUUAAUCGUGACAAUUAAAAUUUGGCAUGUAAAAAACUACAUGUUAAAAAAUAGUUAUAAAAGGGUUCUAAGUUGUUACUUAAAUAUAAAAAGCAGAAUACCAUUUUGGGAAGGCAUUACUUAAGUUACUACUGGGAUAUUUUUAUGUCUAGUAGAACAGUCGUUUUAUGCCGACUAAGAAUUUGCAUAAUAAGGUAAGCUUUCUGUUUAUAGCAUCACGAACAUUCCUUAAUUGUAUAAUGCAUUUAUCUUAAGAUUAUGUGUUGAUAAAAAAAGUGUCCUUAUAAUCUGCCAACAUGUAUUAGUAAGGUACGUAUGCAAGGUUUAUUCGCGUCAAACAUUUUUUUACGUUUGUUUUUUGCAAUUUUAUGUUUUCUUUCUAUUUGCAAAGAAUAAAUGUACUUUAUUUCGUUUUAAUUAUGGAGUGCAGCUAAAACGGACAAACUUACGUAUUUCGUGAGGUGAAUAUGUAUUGCUCGUGUCUAAAUAUUAAGUCUAUGCAUUUAUAAGAUAGCAUUUUUGUAUUAGUAACCAUUGUGCCUUCGAAUUUAAUGUGCGAUGGACAAACAUGCAAUUAUGCGAAUAUUAGAAACGAAAAAAAUCAUAUUCGCUGUGACUGAUUAAAAAUAUAAGUAUUACAUUUCCGUUAUAAUAUCAUAUAAAUUACGUAAAUAAUUGUGCUAUAUAAGUAGAUUUGAUCAAAACUUUUGAGAACACUAUUGUCGAUAACAAAUUUUAGAUUUGGUAUAAUUAAUGACGUCAACUAAUGAUAUUGAUUCUAUCUAUUCUUUGUAAGAUUUGUGGAUAAUAUAUUUAUGUAUUAUAAUAAAUGAAAGAGACAAUAAUCGAUAGAUAAAUAAAAAAAUUAAUACGCGAAUCAUCGCCAGUCUUAGGUAAAGCACAACUUGUGCCUCAAACAUGCAGCUAUAAAGAUAUUCAUGUUUAUUCCAUGCCUACGAAAUUAUGAAAUCGAAUUUUUAUGUAUA